AUGAAUACCCGCAGUCUCGAUCUCGUUUGCUUUCUCGUCCUCUUUUGUUUCCCUGCAUAUAGAGUGUGUGCUGCAACAGCAAGACAGAGCCACAAGGGUGUUCGAGGAGGACGAUCUGAACGAUCUGGACGGCAGCUACAAAGUCAGCUACAAAGCAAAGGAAAGGGCGGUUCUGGCGGUGGUGGUGGGAGCAACGAACUGAUUGAACUCGAGGUUUGCGAAACGGACCCUGAGGCUGCCAUUGAAGAAAUCCGUAACAAUGGCUUUGCUUCCUUAGGUGAUCAGAAUUGUUACCUUGAUCCAAUUGGGGCUUGUCCGGGUGGCUGUUGUCGAAUUGGUCUCUACUUUGCUUGCGACAUUACAAACUUUCUUCCACACCUCCCUUGUGUGUGCAAUGAAAACACCCAAGGGACACCCAUUGGUGUCAUUACAAUGGCGCAAGCGUUUGGCGCCAACUCUACCAACACCACGGCAAGGACUGGAGAAGUGGUGAGUAAUUUACCUUUCGUGUUUUGA